AAAAUAUUUUUAAAAGCAUGUUUUCACUCUGACAAAGUGUGUAUUUUACUACUCUGAUUAUGUAAAUAUUAUGUCCUUUUCAGAUGCUAAAUCAUAUGGUUACGAACCAAGAAGAGUUGCUUUGAAAACUCAGUUGCAACAUUCUCAAGGACAUGAGAAGUUGGAGGAGAAUCAGAGGCAAGGCUACCCUGGGUUUGUUUGAUAUGUUCCUUUUUUGUUAUGACUUUUGCAUUAUCCUGACCUACCUCCUCUCUGUGUCUUUCGUAUAAAAGGCGACCCAUUCCAAAACUGAACCACUGAGAGGACAUCAGAAUCUAGAAGCUGUUCACUGUUGCAGGGACCUGUUGGUGAUAAUAUUCUAUACAGUUUAAAUGGCAGCGGAUCUGUUACAGCCGUGCAUGCACACCAUUGAUCAGCUGCACAUGGACCAGACGAUGACGGAGCUGUGGUUCAGUGGGCCACUGAACACGACACACAGCCUGCCAGAGAGCGUGUCUGGGACUACGGCCGCACUGCUGCUCAUGCUCGGCCUGCUGGUGGCAUUGCUCAACUUGAAUGAGAAGUCCUCUCUGCCAGGACCCUCCUUUUAUUUGGGAUUAGGACCUCUGAUGUCUUAUUCACGCUUCAUUUGGACGGGGAUUGGAACAGCAAGCAACUAUUACAAUAAACAAUAUGGAGACAUUGUCAGAGUGUGGAUCAAUGGAGAAGAAACCCUAAUCUUGAGCAGGUCCUCUGCUGUGUAUCAUGUCCUGAAGCAGUCCAAGUACACAGCCAGGUUUGGCAGUAAGCAGGGCCUGCAGUGUAUAGGAAUGCAUGACAGAGGGAUUAUCUUCAACUCAAAUGUUACUCUCUGGAAGAAAGUGCGAGCCUUCUAUGCAAAAGCCCUGACAGGUCCGGGGCUGCAGAAGACUCUGGAGAUCUGCGCGUCCUCGACCCUGAAGCAGCUGGAGCAGCUGCAGGAGCUGCGCAGCGCGGAGGGCCACGUGGACGUGCUCACCCUGCUGCGCUGCGUCGUGGUGGACAUCUCCAACAGACUCUUCCUGGGAGUCCCAUUCAAUGAAAAGGAGCUGCUUUCCAAAAUCCAUAAGUAUUUUGAGACCUGGCAGACAGUCCUGAUUAAGCCAGACAUUUACUUCAAGUUGGAGUGGCUUCAUAACAAACACAAGAGAGCAGCUAAGGAACUUCAAGACACAAUUGAGAGCCUUAUUGAGGAGAAACGGACAAUGCUGCGCUCUGCAGAGAAGCUGGACAACAUUGACUUCACUACAGACUUGAUAUUUGCCCAGAACCAUGGGGAGCUGAGUGCAGACAAUGUGUGCCAGUGUGUGUUGGAGAUGGUGAUCGCUGCUCCAGACACCCUCUCCAUCAGCCUCUUCUUCAUGCUGCUGCUCCUCAAGCAGCACCCUGAGGUGGAAAAGAAGAUUCUGGACGAGCUGGACACUAUGAUAGGUGACAAGCCUCUCCGCCAUGCUGACCUCCCCAAGCUAACAGUACUGGAGAGCUUUAUCAACGAGUCGUUGAGGUUCCACCCAGUGGUCGACUUCACCAUGCGCAGGGCACUGGCUGAUGAUAUUAUCGACGGCUACAAGGUGACCAAAGGAACCAACAUCAUCCUGAACGUAGGCCGCAUGCACAAGACAGAGUUCUUCCUGAAACCAAAUGAAUUUAGUUUGGACAACUUCGACAAAAAUGUGCCCAAUCGAUUCUUUCAGCCUUUCGGCUCAGGGCCGCGCUCCUGUGUGGGGAAACACAUCGCCAUGGUGAUGAUGAAGUCUAUCUUGGUGACGCUGCUUUCCCGCUAUUCCGUGUGUCCGCGGCACGAUUGCACUGUCGAAAACAUUCCUCAGACCAACAACCUCUCCCAGCAGCCAGUGGAAGAAGACGAAGCCUCUAUGAUGGUGCGCUUCAUUCCACGGAAGCGCUUAAGGAGCAACCCAGGAAAAGCCUAAUGGCUCAAUACUGUAGAAAUUUGAUGUUGUGAUGUUUGCUGUAUUUAUCUGCUAUUUGUAACCACUUUUAUGAUUUUGCAAUGAUUUCAUGAAUUUGAUGUAUAUUGGCUAUUUUGCUGUAUUUUCUGCAUGGCUUAGGCUAUGCAUUUCAUGUGUGUUUUGUGUUAUG